AUGCUACAACCUAUAAAUUCAUUAGCUACACUAGAAACACAAAAUGCAUUUAUUCAAGUAGUCAAAAUAGUAAUACGCGCGGACGCUAUUGGUGGAAAAGAUCAGGAGAAUAUUGAAACAAAAAAAGAUGAUUAUCUGUCACUCUGUAAAAAUGUAACAUUUUGGAUCUUGUUUAGAUUUCCAUUCAGACUUCGAGAAAUUACCGGGCUUGAUGAUAAUUCUAUUAAUCAAACAAUAGAAGCAUGUAAAGAUCCUGAUACAGGCAGAUAUUCACUUGAACAAGUUAUCAGUUUACUUUUCGAUGAUAAUAGUUUACGAAAUAAUCUUCAGCGAUCACAUAGCAACAAUGUACCAGCACUACAAAAUAGUGCCAAUGCCGUGUCAAAUGACAGAAGUUUAUCGCCUAGUCUAAAACAACGUUUGUCUGAUUCUAUUACUGAUGAUGUUAUUGAAUUAUCACCUGCUGAUGGCGCACAGCCAGAUGAUGAACUUGAGAGAGCAUUACAAUUAUCUCGUGAAACAAUGGAGCAGAUUAUUGAUGAAUCGGAUGUUACAGAAAGAACAAAAGAUGAACCAGCUGGCUUAAAAAAUGUGGGCAAUACAUGCUGGUUUAAUUCAGUUGUACAGACAUUAUACACUUUACCAUAUUUUCGACGAUUAAUACUCAGUUUUCAAUGGCAAAGUCGAUUAUUCACUGAUGAUCUACAAGCCGUUGGAUUUACAGAAGAAUUAAGAAAUUUAUUUACAUUGAUGCUUAAAUCUCCAAGACGUUCAAUCAAUCCUGAUCGUGCAAUAAAAAAAUUUAAAGGAACAAGAAAACUAUGUCGUGUCGACUUUUCUCAUGAGGAUUGUUCUGAGUUUGCAACAUUAUUGAUUGACCUUAUCGAACUAGCAUUUGAAGCAACUGGUAAAAGCCAAUUGACAAUCGAUAAUAGUAAUCAAGAAUAUAUAAAUCCAAUGAAUGUACUCGUUACUGGUGAAGUUAUUGUUGAGCGAACGGAACCGAAAAAUGAUAUUAACGAACGAACAGAAGCACUUCGGCAAAUUAACAUUCAAAUGAUUGAUUCAGGAAAUUUAUAUGAUGGUCUGGAAACCUUAUGGCUCGGCUCAGCAGAUGAAACAUUAAUUCGUUUUACUCAAGAUGCACAAGCGAUUAAUGAACAGCGUUGGUUAACACGCGUACCACCAAUCUUAUUUAUUUGUUUAAAUCGCUAUCGUUUUUCUCAGACAACAAAACAAGCAUCAAAAAUUAUAGGCCCAUUUGAAUUUUAUCCAAAAUUGUACAUUGAUAGAUAUUUACAAAUCAAUAAAGAUUUGAUAUUAGCCAAACGAAAUGCAGCAAAAUUUCUUUAUGCACAAUUAAGAGAGCUUCAAAAUACUCUAAAUAAUUAUAUAAAAUAUCCAUGCAAUGAUGAAGCGUUUUCGCUGGCGAAUGCGAUACGAAUAGUUUAUGAAUUUGCAACUGGAUGCCGUUUAAAUCCAUUGCCACCAAAAAAAACUGAUUCGUUGGUAUUGGAUCCUACCGUGCCACACUCAUCUUCAUCUACAUCAUCCUCACUUCUUUCUCCGCCUCGAUCAAGACAACAGACAAAUACAAUUCGUCCAUCUCAAAUUUCAAAUGAUGAAUUGUUGUUUAUACAGAAUACAUUGCCAGCCUGGCUGACAGAAAUCGAAGCAAAGUGUGCACAUAUUCGUGAAGAUAUUUGUCGAGUUCAAGCCGAAUUAAAACAAUUAUACGAUGAUCCUCAACUAAAAAAAAAAUGUUACAAUUUACAUGCAGUAUGUGUUCACGAAGGAAGUGCAACACUCGGUCACUUUUGGACAUAUGUUUAUCAUCCCGAUCGUGAAAAAUGGUUUCGUUAUAAUGAUAAUGAAGUAACACAAACAACAUGGGAUGAAGUGUACGAAGCUGGUUUGGGCGCGAAAGCAAGCAGUGAUAAAGAAGAACGUGUUCCAAGUGCAUAUUUACUUGUUUAUAUAGACGCUGACGCGAAAAGAUUGCAUGAAGACUACCCGAUCGAAUUAAAUCAUGAACUUCAGCGUGUGCUUGAAGAUGACAUGCAAUUAUUACAACAACAAUUAGAAACAAUCAAAUUAGAACGUUUAUAUUCGGAUAUGAAAUCUGCUUGUGAGAAAUCAGAUAAACAACGGGGACAAGUACCAUUUUUUUCAGAACCAAAUUCUUCUAAUGAGAAAAAUGAAAUGUCAUUUGAUCCAGAAAUUAUUAAACCGGUGACAGAUGUAACACUGAAAUUGUUAAGAAAUCAUUCUGAAAAAAUAUUAUCGUGUGGUAUUCAACGGCUAUUCAGUGAGGCUGUUGAUAAAGAAAUAAAACGUAAUACAUAUUCAUCAAAUCAAAUAACAUCAGAUCUACCACAGACUGAUCAUCGUUUAUCACAUUUUAUCACCUAUCUAUCAGCAAAUCGUGUUGAUAAUAUUUAUAAACAACGUGCACUGAUUGAUAUUAUCCGUCUGAUACAACUUUCAAACGACGAUAUUAGACUAAAGAUAUUGAAAAUGCAAGCACAAGUUGUCUGUAAUGAAAUGAGAAUGGCGAAUGAACAACUUCAGGAAUAUCAGAGAUUGUUAACAGAUUACAAAGAUUAUCGCUCAGUUAUUGCCGCGUUUCUUGCCGGUUGUCAGUUGAUGAACGAAGACAAAUUUGAAGAGGCUAUCACCUACUUUUGCGUUGCCUGUGAAUAUAAUCUUCGUCUAUCAAAAAAUUGUACAUUACCGAUGAGAGCAAUGGAUAGUUGUCUUCUAUUUAAAGUUCGACGAUUAUGUUUUGAACGAUGGAAUGCGGUGGUUAUUGAUCGUUUUAAAAACGAUUUGGAUUAUAGACUUGAUACAAUGACACAUCAAUUUCUACCAUGUUUAAUGCAAUUGAAAUUGAGUUCGGAUGAUGAUCAAUCCUACAUAUCAGAAAUUCAACGAUUAUGGUGUCUUUUGCUCGAUAGAAUUGAACCACAACGUUUAACGUUAUUAGAAGAAUUUCUUCAACGUCUCCUAGAACAACCAAUUGGACAACAUUAUCACUCUGUAUCGAUUAACAAGAACAACUUAUUCGAACGUUAUGAAGAAGCUGUACAUCAUUUGUAUGACAAAUAUCCAACGCAUUUUGCAAAAGAGCCCACGAUGAUAGCAACUCCUCCUUCUCCUGUUACUACGCCGAUGAUUUCAGAAUCAAUACAACAGCAAACAAAUGAUUACCAACCUCAACAACAACCAUCUCAUCCUAAUUUUUUAACGCAAUCUUCACCAUUUACUCAUAGAACAUAUCUCAACCCGCUGUCAAAUACCUCACGUUCAUCAUCGUCUCGUCCUACUCUAUCACAACCUGUUGGAGUAGCUCCAACUUCUCGUCCAACUGGUUCAAUACCAAUUCCUGUUCAAAUUCAACAACCGAUAAAUAACUCAACAUCACCAUCUUUUUCUCAACUACAGUUUGUUAAUCGACUUCAUCAUCAUCAACAACAGCCGUCGUGUGAUACUAAUAACACACCAACAUCUUCAUAUCCACACAGAUUGUUGCCAUCAACAAGACCAGUAACUGGUACUGUAUCGGGUUUCGCAGGAUUUGAUCGUUCAUCGAAUGAUAAUUCAAGAAAUGAUAAUACUGCAUUAACAAAAAGUGGUUCUAUAUCGCCUAUGCAACAAGAUUAUACAAACGAUCAAGAACAAGAACAACAAACAACCGGAACUCGAGAUAUCUUGAACAGACAACAACAGUUUAUCGACUCUUCUCAUCAUAGACGUUUAAAUCUUUCACCACCGUCUCCACCACCACAACCUUAA